AUGAAAUUCAAAGCGGUUAAAGAAAAUUGGAGAUGGAAAACGAAGAAGUUCGGGUUACGUUCUGUUUUCCUCUUAUGCAUCUUCUUCUUCCUCGCUGGAUUCUCUGGUUCUAGAUUCUUCCAUCACUCUGUGGCUCUGGAUUCGCUGGUUCUGGAAAAGUCGACGGAGGAGGAGGUGGAGCACCGUGUGUUGCAUGGUGGAGAGUCCGGUGAUGAUUUCAUUACUUCGAUUCCUUUUCAGAUUUUGAGUUGGAGCCCUCGCCUUUUAUAUUUUCCUAAUUUUGCAAGUGCGAAACAAUGUGAAAUCAUAGUUGAGAUAGCAAAGGUAGGGCUUACACCAUCACAAGUGUUGUUACACGAGGGACAAACAGAGGAGAAUACGCAAGAAAUCAGAACAAGCUCUGGUGUAUUUAUCAACGCUACUCAGGACAAAACGGGUGUUUUAGAAGUCAUUGAAGAGAAAAUAGCCAGAGCAUCAAAACUUCCCAGGACUCAUGGAGAGACAUUUAAUAUCCUCCGCUAUAAGAUCGGACAAAAAUAUGAUUCUCACUAUGAUGCAUUCACUGCCUCUGAAUAUGGCCCAGUAGAUUACCAAAGGGCAGCUUCAUUUCUGUUGUAUUUAACAGAUGUCCAAGAAGGUGGAGAGACCGUGUUUCCGUUUGAGAAUGGGUUGAACAUGGACGGUAGCUACCGUUAUAAGGAUUGUAUUGGUUUGAAAAUAAAGCCACGAAAAGGAGAUGGGAUUCUAUUUUAUUCUUUGUUCCCUAAUGGUACAAUUGAUCCGACCUCGCUCCAUGGAAGCUGCCCCGUAAUUAAAGGAGAGAAGUGGGUAGCUACAAAAUGGAUAUGGAAUCAAAUUUUAGCCUAG